AUGCAACGAGCACAGUUUGUUGGGAAAAACUCCAGGAUAAGGAAGGGUCUCCGUACGCUUGCUGCAUACCAAAAAUGUGGUAAAAAAUUCCAUAGGUCUGCCAUGAAAGAAGAAGCGAGCAACGCCAUAGAAAUAAGUAAGAUAUACAUAAAUCACUGUUAUCAGUAUUUAAUUUUUUUUACUGUUUUAUUUCUGCCCAUAGGAUGUUCGUCGCAGACUCUCAGAAUAUUUCCAAUGCAAAAGCAGCAGACUGUGGCUGUUGGCAAGUCAGUAGUGCUAACAUGCCAGGCCGACGCUCCAGACCCCGCUCUUGUCACACAACCACAGUGGAGGGACCCUAAAGGAUUGAUUAUUAACGAGGCUGCAGCUGGGACACGACCUGAAAUUUAUACAGAACCAAUGCCGGCAAAACAGCUUCAAUUGCUAUACAUAUCCUCGAUAACUACUGCAAUGGCGGGCAAUUACACCUGCGAAGCUACAUACACCAAUAUGCCUCUCAGCGCGAGCGUUGUUUUGGACACUUUCGUCGCGAUCACAUGGAAUAAUGCUAAUGAGAACCAAUAUGCGACCAAGGGUAAAGAUUUUAAAGUCAUGUGUGAAGUUACUGCUGAACCAGCUCCAUCAGUAGAUUGGUUUAAAGAAGGCACUCCUAUUAUGACUGGCGAUCGAUAUGUCAUUCAUGCAAAUGGGUUGUUGAUUAAAAGUGUUGAAGAAAGCGACGAUGGGACGUACACUUGUCGCGCUGUUGUUAUUCAAACUGGAGAGUUAGCAGAGAGAAAUAUUAAACUUGAGGUGUACACAGCUCCUGAAAUGGAAGAAAGAGAACAUAGAGUUGAAAUCAAAGAAGGUGAAUCUGCCGCUAUUACUUGCAAAGCGAGAGGAAAACCUCCACCGACUUAUUCCUGGAUUAAGGCUUCCACUCGCGAGAAUUUGGCAACAACUUCCCGUUUCAGCGUCAACGAAAAUACUGGAUUGUUAACUUUCGAUAGAGUAGAAGCUGGUGAUUAUGGCAAAUAUAUCUGUAGCGCUGUAAACCAAGCUGGUCACAAUGAAACAGAAAUCGAAGUAGAAGUGCUCGUGAAACCGAAAAUAUUCGAAUUACUGAAUACAACAGCUGCUGAGAAUACUGAGGGAAGAUUAGAGUGCAAGGCAUCGGGACGGCCGGCUCCUCGUAUAAGUUUUAGAAAACUUAGCAGCAAUGAUAGAUUUUUGAAUGGACCUAACGAUGAUGGAAGGAUAACCAUCGAAACCAGCAGUCGUCAGACGGGUGAUCAAAUGCAAUCAACUGCUUUGAUGUCAAUUUCGCGGCUCAACAGAACUGAUGAUGGACUUUAUGAAUGCGUUGCUGAAAACGAAGGCGGAGAAGCAAGGAAAAAUGGCCAUCUCACAGUUCAAUUCAGACCAUCACUGGCCCAUAUGUCAAAUGUACCAAUUUGGAGUUGGAAUGCACAACCCGUUAAUAUAAGUUGUAUUGCAGAAAGUAUACCCAAUGCUACUAUCAAAUGGAAAUUCCACGAUUAUGAUCUUGUUGAAUCGCCUCACGUCAAGAUUUACGGUUCAGGGCCUAUCAGUUAUGUGACUAUAACACCAAUUGACAAAAGCCUAUAUGGUGUAUAUAAAUGUAUUGCCACAAAUACUCUAGGUGAAGCAGAACAUCCCAUACAUUUCAGAGAAGCAUUUGCACCCGGAAUCGUCACACAGGCGAGACAAGAAACAAUAACCGCGACAUCGGUUUCAUUCAAUAUCGUUGGCCCGGCCGAAGAAAUGGGACCGCCAAUAUCGGCUUACACGACCCAAUACAAAGAAAACGGAAAUUUCGAUUGGAAUUACGCGAUGAAUCGAACGUGGUCCGUCAAUUCACCGUAUAUCGUUGAGAAUUUGAAACCUAUGUUUACAUACGACUUUAGAUUCGCGGCUGUUAACCAAGUCGGUGUUGGCCAAUGGGGUUCUCCCAUUACAGUUAUCAUGCCGAGAAGAUCACCACCGGAACAACCAAAGUGGAGGGAGGCGAUAAGUUCGGAAUCAUUAAUCCAUGGCAAAUACGCUGACAAAUAUGAAUUGCAAUGGCGUGUACCUGCCCAUAAUGGAGAGCCGAUUGAUAUGUAUGAGAUUAGUUAUUGCCCGGUUCUUAAAGUGAGCGGUGAAUGGCGUGUUUCUGACGAAUCUAACUGCGUUACUGAGGAAUUGAAGUCCUAUGACGCAAUAAGUUACGAGAUCCGCAACCUCCGCCCGGACACUCGUUACAGAAUGCACGUCCGCGCUCACAACGUCCUCGGUUAUUCCGUACCGGCUCAGCUUUACGUUCAAACCGCUCUCGGUGUGGAACGUUCUGGAUUUGCGCCACCCAAACUACUUUCAAGCGGAGCUAUAAUAGGAGUGGCUUUGGCUGGCGUUUUGAUUUGCCUCAUCAUUGUGGACCUUCUACUGCUUUGCUUCCGACGACAGGGGGUUAUUGCGACAAUAUGUGGCAAACGAGUUAAGAAACAUUCGGACGACGAAGCUAAGCUGGGAAGUCUGUACGGUUGGCGCUUCCCGCUCCCUUAUUGCAGCACGAAGCCGCGUUCGCCGCCUUCCCCCGCGCCCCUGCCGCCGCCGGUCAAGCUCGUGUCAACACCUACUUAUAUCCCAACUACUCCAGUAGAUGAAAAGGAACCUCUUAAAGAGACUGGAGAAGACGCCAUCAAAAGAAAUUCGUCGGUAGAAUUCGAUGGACGUAGAGUAUACGCUACCAGUGGAACCAUUAUUGGUAAAAACUCCGCUGUUUAA